UAUCAUGCACUCUGCAUGAGGUUCUUAGUUAUGUAUUUUUAUUUAAAUGAUAAUUGUUGUUAGUCAGUGAUGUAUACUUAGUUUUAUAACUGAGAUGUUCUACGUGGAAGUCAUUAAUGUUGAUGAAACAAUUUGUUGAAGGAAAGUCUUACUUUGCUUUAUUUUUGUUCGUUAUCCGAAUGCGCUUAUGCAACAAAACUCGCAUGGAUCAAAAGAAUUGAUACUGAUUUAAGAAUGGCCUGCUAUCUACUAAUGACUGUAAUGAAGACUGUCUAGAAUAUUCUGUAGAAGAAAAAAUAUUUGCACAUUAUUAUCCUUUGUAAAGGAUACAUUAUUUUCUUUGAGCACAACCUUCAGUCUCUAACGGUGAUGGAAGCAAUAACAAAAUCAGCUUUGAGUAUAGUUGUGGAUGUUUGGGAAGGCAAAAAUGUAACAUAUUUUAUUGAUGCAUUCAAGAACAAAUUGGAGACACUACGGAGACAUUAGAAAUGCAAACAAAUAACGCAAGCAUUUACGUCAUUUCUGUGUUAGGUAUUCAAAGUUCCGGUAAAUCGACAAUGUUAAAUACAAUAUUUGGUUUAGAAUUUCCUGUAAGUGCAGGAAGAUGUACUCGUGGUGCUUUUGCUAGUCUUGUUCCACUUAGUGAACAACUUAAAUAUGACUCAAAUUGUGAUUAUGUGUUGAUCAUUGAUACUGAAGGUCUGAAAGGAAUGGCUGACCCAAUAGUGAGAGAACACGAUAAUGAAUUGGCAACUUUUGCUGUUGGUGUGGCUGAUGUCAUGAUUGUCAAUAUCUUUGGUGAAAACUAUAAUGAAAUGAAAGAAUUUUUGGCGAUGGCUGUUCAUGCUUUCUUGAAAAUGAAACUUCUUAAAGACAAGAAAUCAUGCAAGAUCGUCCAUCAAAAUGUUGCUGCUAAUGACGCUGCAGAUAAGUUAAUGAUGGAUAGGCGAAAUCUAAAACAAAAUCUAGACAAUAUGGCAAAGCUUGCAGCAAUACAAGAAAAUUGUGAAGAUCAGUUCGAAAAAUUAGAUGACAUAAUGGCAUUUGAUGAAAAUAAAGACGUAUUUUACAUACCAAGUCUAUUGAAAGGAAGUCCUCCCAUGGCUCCGAUAAACCCAAAUUAUGGUAGAGACUUGCAAAAAGUAAAGGAAAAUAUUAUUCAGCUAAUGUGCUCAAAAGAAGUGGUCAAGCUAACUCUCUCUUCAUUCCGUAAACGAGUUAAAGAUCUAUGGCAAGCCAUGCUAAAAGAAAACUUCAUUUUCAGUUUCCGAAAUGUGAUCGAAGUCAGAGCUUAUGCAUCAUUAGAUAAAAAACUUUUCAAAGAAUCAGUAAAACUAAUGGUAAAUGGAAUGGCUGAAAUUGAAAGAAGUAUUGAAAGAGACUUAAAAAGAUGCACAACACGAAAAGAACGAAAUAAAUGUUGGAUGAGCAAUAAAAGACGUAUAUUUGCAGAGGCAGAAGAACUCAAGACGAAAAUGGAGAAAGAAAUGCAGAUGUUUUUUGAAAGCAGUGAAGAUAAAUCUACCCUUGACCAAUGGAAAGAAGACGUGAUGGAUAAAAUUAAAAGGUUCAAACGAAAUCAGGAAUCGUCUGUUAUAGAAAAUUGUGAGGCAACCUUCCACCAUCUGCAGCAACAACAAGAUGUAGAAGAAAGGAAAAAAAAUUAUGAAAAACAACUUUUGGACAGAGCAAAAAAUUUAGUGUCAUCUCAAAAAACAAAUGACGAAGAAGAAUGUAAAGCAGCAUUUCAAAAAGGAUGGAAAGAAUGGAUUGGCGAAGUUCCCCUUUGUGACGAAGUAAAGCGUGAUGUCAAUGAAUAUAUGGUUUAUGUUCUUCUACCAGAAAAUUGUGAUCUUAGUGCUGACAUGAUAACGAAACUAAAACCAAAAGAAUAUAGAAUUUCUGCUUUUUUUAAUGUUGAUCCUGUCAUUGAUAGAAAUAUGCUUGCAUUUAUUGGAGGGUGGGGUUCGAAAGUGGUCCAAAACAUGUAUCAUUGGUUCAUACACGACGCUGUGUCAAGGGCAAAUGUUAUCAAAAAUAAAGUUAUCUCUAAAGGAGAGCAGUUUGCAGAGAGAGUUUCCAACAUUGCUGUUAGAUUUACCAAUAAUGAUCUUAUAACAAUGUAUGAUGAAAUCAUUUCUACUAUUGAUAAAGAAACAGAGAAACAGAAAAUGAAGUUUAAAAAACCAUUAGUAUGUGACAUACUGUUAUACACAUUUGCCCGUGCCUUUCCUAUUUUUGAUAAAAUGGAAGACCGUUAUGUUGAAGAGCGUGAUAUUCAAAAGAAUCUUGAAAAAACAUUAAGACCAAGGCUGGAAAAGUAUUUUAUCAACCUUUGCAAAGAGAUGGAGAAAGAAGUUUUGGCUGCCACGUCAUUGGUUGAUGUGCUUCGUGACCCAAUAAUGUCAGAACUUAACAAAGGCAUUAUAACAGCAGUUGAUACUAAGCUUUCGACAAAGAACAUGUUUAGUAGCAAGGGUCAUUUUCACGCCAGUGUUUUGAUUCAACUUGGAGGAAACCCUAGUUUUGAAGUGUUUGUUCCUUAUUUGGAGAAUCCUAUUCAAUUUUGGAAAAUAAAUUAAAGGAAUACGUGGAAGACUUUUGCUUGAACACAGGAUCGAAUCUCAUCCGAUUUUGUUGAAAAAAGAAGGAGAGAAGUUGAAGUCAAAUAUUUUUUCUGCCAUUGAAAAUGCAAAUCAGCAAGCUAGAGAUGAAAUCGAACAAGGAAGCGAGAGUUGGAAAGUAACGAACUGGAUUAAAAAGUUUGUGGAACAGUGUUCUUCUCUUGCCAUCACGAAAGAAAUGUUUGGUGUCGCUACAAUGGAUGAAGAUUUAAAAGAAACUGAUUUAUUUGACAAAGAAGUUCGUGAGUUAGUCGAAAACUUUGUACAAGAACUUACCGAUGCUGAAUUGAAUAGUGAAACUAUUAGUAAUUGGCAGCCAGCACCCCACGAAAGGCGUUCAAAGUUAUUGUUUGGGUGUCGGGCUGUUUGUCCAUUUUGUAAAGCUUUGUGUGAUAAGACUAUGGAGCAAUCAAACCUUUUAAACUAUGAUGAAAACGAGACAGAAAUACACCAACAAUACUCCACAGAAAUACACCGUCCUUUGGCUUUGACAGGUUAUCGCUAUAUCAACACUAAGAUUUUGGUUUCCGAUAUUUGCACAUUUAAAGUAGCUGGAAAUGAAACAUUUCAAAACGUUGACACAAAUUGGGAACCACGUCCCUACAAAGAUUAUCAGUCAGUAAACGAUUACUACAAGUCGUGGAAAAUUCCUCCAGAUACCUCAUUUGAAGCUUCUAAAUAUUGGCAAUGGUUCAUGGUAAAGUUUUCGGAACAAUUGGCGGAACAUUAUGGAGCAAAGGAAGCAGAAAUACCUUCGAGCUGGAAAAAUGUGACCUUCAAUGAGGCCGUAAAACAACUGAAGGAGAAAUACAACUUAUAAAAAUCUUCAUCAAAAACAUCACCUGAAGUCGAUUUUUAAACAAUUUUCUUUUUUGUAACUCUGUUUUAACUCGUUUUUGUUGAAAUAUAAUUAGAUCAGUACCGGAAUCAUUUGAUGUGUUUUUGUUAAAUAAAUGUUUAAAGAAGUAGACUAAAAA